AUGGAAGCCUGUCCUCUGCAGCUGCCCCAAAGGCUGCUCCUGCUGGGGGCAAAUGCCCUUACUGCAUCUGCUCUGCACACAGCCUACCUGGUGGACCUGUGCGGCCGGACGUGGCAGGCGGACGGGCUGCUGCUACGCUCGCACUCCGCGUCGCGCCGCUUCUACUUCAUGGCCCCGGACACCGACAGCAGGCUCUGGAUGCGGGAGGCGACCCCCGGCGACAGGAUCCGCUUCCAGUUCCGCUUCUUCCUGGUCUACAGCCUGACCCCGGCGGCGCCCAACACCUCCUCCCCGGCGCCGGCGCCGGAGGACCCCUGCGCACCCGGGUCCUACCUGCAGUUCUACGAGGGCCCACCGGGGGCGCCAUGCCCCUUGGGGGCCCGGUUCUACGGCCUGACCAUCACUGGGCCGGUGGCGUCCUCCGGGGACUUCCUGGGCCUGCGCCUGGUCACCGGAGGCCGCCAGCCCCGCGUGGACUUCGUAGGCGAAGUCUCCUCUUUCCGAUUGGGAUGCUGUUGUGCCUACUUCCAAUGUCAGAACCGCAGGUGCAUCCCCCCGAGGCUGGUGUGCGAUCCCUGGGCGGACAACUGUGGCGACGGCAGUGACCAGGCUUCUUGGGCAGCGGCUAACUGCAGAAAGCUGUUAUUUGCCACUGCCGGUCCCUCUCCAGUGCCCAGCCAGGAAGGGAGUACGGAUGAUGGUACCUCCGGGCCCCUGACUCUUCCCCCAGCUCUCGGGUCUGUGGGCCCCCUGGGGAUUGCAGCUGAGAGGAGCCCCCCAGCACGCCGGGACCCUGCACGACAGGAUGCCGCUCCGGAAGGCCUCCAGCCAUGGGGGUGGCUGGCCUCCUCGUGGGCCUCCUCUGGAGCUGCUGCUCCUCCAGCCGGCUGGCUUGGGGGGCUGGUGGUGUGCACCAUGUUACACACGUCCUGGCCAGGUGGCCCCUGGGGGCCUGCGGCUGAGUAA